AUGGAGAAAAAACCAAGUGAGAGUUUCAGGCAGUACGCACAAAGAUGGAGGGAAGUUGCUAUCCAAGUCCAACCACCGCUCCUAGAAAGAGAAACUACCAUGCUCUUUAUCAAUACCUUAAAGGCCCCGUUCAUCACGCACAUGCUAGGAAGUGCAACAAGAAGCUUCUCAGAUAUAGUAAUGAAUGGCGGAAUGAUUGAGAAUGCUAUAAGAAAUGGGAAAAUAGAAGCAGGAGAGAGUAACAAAAGGUCAGCCUCGAGAAGAAAGGAAAAUGAAGUAAACAACGUGAAUAAGUACAACAAGUCAAUUACGGUGAACCAGACAAGGAAGGUGAUUGCUGGUCAGCAGGGUUCAGCAAUACAAGAAUCUGGUAUGAGGCAAGGUACUGAGAAACCCCAGUUCACACCAAUUCCGAUGUCAUACAAGGAGAUGUAUCAGAAUUUGUUCAACGCACACGUUGUUUCUCCCCAUUACUUGACCCCUUUAAAACCCCCGUAUCCCAAAUGGUAUGAUGCAAGCGCACAAUGUGAUUACCAUGCAGGAAUUACAGGGCACUCAAUAGAAUAUUGUACUGCCUUCAAGAAGCUAGUCGAAAGGCUUAUUAGCAUGGGUGUUGUCAAGCUUGAUGACUCACCUAGCACAGAAAAUCCGCUACCCAAUCAUACCGAUAAGGGAGUGAAUAUGAUGAGUGAAAGUAGGGGAGAAGAAGUCAAGAACGACAUUGCUGAAGUAAAAACUCCGUUGAAAUGGGUUUGGAGAGAGAUGGCGAAGAGAGGGCUAAUUAUUUUAGAUACUGAAGAAAGGUAUGAGGCUGAAAACUAUUGUGAAUUCAACCGUGAAGUAGGACAUGAGAUUCAAGAAUGUGAAGGAUUUAAGGCUCUGGUCCAAAACAUGAUGGAUAACAAGGAGAUAAGGUUUUAUGAAGAAGUGGAGGGUAAGAGAAAUAUUUGCACAUCAGAGUUGGCAACGAAGACUCCAAAAACGAAUCAUCUUGUGGCCAUCAUUUCAUACCCUCGGAGCAAUGAGUCUAGGGUUCAGAUAACACCAAAAAUUGUAAUCCAGAAACCAUCAAAUUUCCCAUACAAUGAUAGCAAAAUGGUGUCGUGGAAUUAUGGGUGCAAUGUGACAAUCUUGGGAAAGAAAGCGGAGAGAAAUCAGAAAAUAGAUGAGGCAAAGGAGUUUUUGAAGUUUUUGAAACACAGCGAAUACAGCAUUGUGGAACAACUGUGCAAACAGCCGGCCCGCAUUUCUAUAUUAGUUUUGCUCUUAAGUUCAGAAGUACAUCGAAAUGCACUAUUGAAAGUACUAAAUGAAACAUAUGUGGCUGAUGAUAUUUCGGUAAACAAGCUGGAUCGGUUGGUCAACAAUAUAAGUGCUGACAAUUUUAUCUUCUUCAGUGAUGACGAAAUACCAUCUGGAAGAAGGGGUUCUACUAAAGCCCUAUACGUUACUGCCCGAUGCAAAGGGUGCACACUUCCGGGGGUCUUGGUUGAUAAUGGAUCUACACUGAACGUAUUGUCUUUAUCUACUCUUAGUCAAUUACUGGUGGACAGUUCACACAUGAAAGCAUGCCAGAGCAUAGUAAGGGCGUUUGAUGUAACAAAAAAGAGGGUUAUGGGGAGAAUUGAGGUACCGUUAAGGAUUGGCCCAACUACUUAUGAGGUGGACUUCUUGGUAAUGGAUAUUAAGCCAUCCUACAACUGUUUAUUGGGAAGACCAUGGAUACACUCAGCCGGGGUAGUACCUUCAUCGCUACAUCAGAAGGUGAAGUUAGUAUUAGAGGGUCGGUUGAUAAUAAUAAAUGCGGAGGAAGAUAUCAUAGCAACAGUAACUGGUGAUGCACCUUAUGUGGAAAUUAACGAUGAGGCAGUGGAAUGCUCUUUUCAGUCAUUAGAAUUUGUGAACGCGAUGUUUAUUGCUGAAGGAAACAGAAUUUCGGUACCAAAAAUAUACAGGACCACAGAGAUGGGGAUGCAAUUGAUGAUUGGAAGAUGGGCUUCACCCGGGAAAGGAUUCGGAAAAUAUCUUCAAGGAAAGAUUGAAGCGCCGAUGCUGAAGGAAAAGUUUGAUAGUUGUGGUAUAUCUCCGGACUUGUCAAGAAUUGUAGAACAAGAGGAUAAGCAGAUCUUACCUUAUAUGGAAUCAUUAGAAAUCGUGAGCCUAGAGGAAGGAAAGGAGGUGAAAAUUGGAACUGAAAUCACCGCAAAGACAAAACAAGACCUCAUUGAAUUGCUCUGA